CGCUUCGAUAAAAGCUCGAUGCAUUUUGUGAGGGAAGCGGGAAUGAAACGGAAUAACCUAAUCUCCGGGAUUCGAUGGAAAAUAGUUUGUCCAGUUGGGCGGCCCGGAGGCCAAACUGAUGGAGGACUCCGAGGUGCUGGUUGGAUUACCUAACACAAACUCUCAAAGUCGGAAGUUGUUUCCAAGUCACCUGCGGAGUAUUAACGGAGGCUUUCGACAAGACGAGCGCGGCCAUGUAUUGUUAUAUCUCAUAACUGCGCAUUGCCUACAUGGACAAUCCGUCGAUGGCUUCCGGGCGAAUUUUGAAUCGAGUGUGGUGGUCUACAAGCCCACAAACCUGAAGUCGCGAGCCGUCACGAGUGGGUGUUAUUUCAUAGCAUUGCGCCAACCUUCACAGGACUUUGACAGUCGAUGGCGGUCUCACCGCCCGUAUCGCGAUCGCCAAAUGUUGGGACUGCGACAUCGCCCAACACCUCCCAUGCAAAAUCGCUGGCAGUGCGCCGCACAACGACAGGUGGAGCGGCGGAAUCCGUGCCUGCGAUCAUAACUAUGGAAGGGAAGGCGAAAGGGUCCGAACCAGAGCUUGCAGAGCAAUUAAAUGCAGAAAUCCGUCAUCGAUACGUCAAAGACAAAAAAUUAGGGGAAGGCACAUAUGCCAUUGUCUAUCUUGGCCACCUUCGGAGCGAUCCUUCUUCACUCGUCGCAAUAAAGAAGAUCAAAGUCAAUACCGAAUACAAAGAUGGUCUCUCAAUGGAUGCAAUACGCGAAGUGAAAUAUCUCCAGGAACUGUCUCAUCCCAACGUAAUUGCUCUUCAUGCCGUCUUCUCGUCCAAAGAUCGAAAUUUAAACUUGGUUUUGGAAUAUUUACCGCUCGGUGAUUUGGAGAUGCUGAUCAAAGACAGCGCUAUUCAGUACGGCGCUGCCGACGUCAAGGCUUGGGUGGGCAUGCUCGGCCGCGCAGUCUGGUUUUGUCAUGAGAAUUUCAUCUUACACAGGGAUAUCAAACCAAACAAUCUGCUAAUAGCAUCAGACGGUGAAGUUAAGCUUGCGGACUUUGGACUGGCCAGAUCAUUCGCAGACCCUCGCCUAAAUAUGACUCACCAGGUAAUCACGCGCUGGUAUAGGCCACUAGAGCUUCUUUACGGGGCGCGCCAGUACUCUGGCGCAGUAGAUGUAUGGUCUAUGGGAAUGGUUUUUGCAGAGUUACUCCUCCGCGUCCCCUUCGCUGCAGGAAAUACAGACUUGGAUCAGAUAUCCAAGAUCUGCGCCGCGUUUGGCACACCCACCGAGGAUAACUGGCCGGGGGUAACGAAAUUGCCCAACUUUGUUCCCGUUGAAAAGAACCAAAUUGUCCCAUUGCAAGGGAGGGAUUUCUUCCUUCGGCAAUUUCCCACCGUGGGACACCUUGGAGCAGACUUGCUAUCGUCGAUGUUAAAACUUGAUCCACGAAAUCGCAGUACUGCGAAGCAGAUAUUACAGCAUGCGUGGUGGUCCGCGGAACCCAGGCCAACUAGAAAAGAAAAUUUACCUCGCAAAGCUGGAGGUGCAAAGAAGAUGGGCAAUGAUUUGAGCAGAAGAGGCGGCGUAACAGAUGAAGGACCUUUCAAGAAUGCGGCUCGUAGGCUUGAUUUUGGAGGACUCCUACCGAAAUGA